AUGGCAAAUACUCGUAGUAGAAAAAGAAGAGAUACAGAAAAAAAUGAUAUUCCUCGAAAAAAGAGUAAAGGAAAACAAAAAAUAGAAGAAACAGUUAUUGACAGUACUGACGAUGAGUAUGACAAUGAAGAGUUUAUGACGAUCGACUUGCCACCUACUGAAGAAGAAGAUAGAAUUGAUUGGGAGCAUAUUGAUUUGCCUCCUCGGUUUGAGGAUAUGCCAAAUGAAGAUAAACCUGUCUAUAACGAUGUUGAAAUUGUCAUGGAAGCACCAAGACCUGUUCUGAAGAAAUCGAACUGGGAAAGAGCAUACCAGCGCAAUUUAAGAGAAUGGAUGCAUCACUCUCAUGUUGUUUUGCUUGUCGCCCAUUAUAAACUGCGAAAUAGAUGGUGCUCACACUCAGAUAUGAAGUCAGUCUGUCUUUCCAUUAUCCCUGAUCAUGCAAAACGCUUACUCAAAAAAGAUAAAACAGAGUCUGCAUUAAAGACAGGCAUUAAAUGGUUGAUUGGUUGGUGGUCUGAUUACUUUCGUUUGACAGGACCCGGCUUGUUGACAGUCCCAUAUUCAGAAGCCAUUCGGAAAGAUAUAACGAUUAGACAAUGGAUAGAUCAAGAACAGUCUGAUGAAUAUGGUGAUUGUAUCAAAGAUAUUGAAGCCUUUCUGCAUCUUUUGUCUCGUAAAUCAGCUACAAGAGACACAAGCGCUGAAUUGUUUGUAGGUAUCUUAAGAGCUUGUGGAUGUGAUACGCGACUGGUGUGCUCAUUACAGCCUAUACCGUAUAAAAUUGCACCAGAAACAACAAAGAAAGGAGAGCCAACAGAAAAAGAAGAAGAGGAAAAAGAAGAGGAGAAGACCAAAACUCUGUUUCCCUUCAGGCCGAGAUCAAGAACUUAUGUGGAUCCAAGUAAAGAGCUCUGUCAUCCAAGAGCAAAACCACCUUGUGUGUGGGCAGAAGUAUGGUGUCCUGACACCAAACGAUGGAUGUGCAUUGAUAUGAUUCGAGGACACAUUGAUAAGCCAGGAUUGAUGGAACCAGCUGCUUUAAACAGAUCCAACUGCAUGUCUUUUGUGCUUGCUUUUUCCAAUGACAACAAGAAUGUGGUAGAUGUGACUCGUCGAUACACCUCAAACUUAGAAAGAGCGAUUCGGUUACGAGAGAGACCUUUGACCAAGCGAGAAAAAGAGGGCGGUAUGAAACUCUGGUCUGAUAUUUUUCUCUCUUGUUUGAUUCAAAAACACGAUGAACGAGAUAAUGAAGAACAAGCAUUUCUGGAAGAAUUAGAGACAAGAGAGAUUAUGCCUACUUCUAUUAAUGCGUUCAAGAACCACAGUUUAUAUGCACUUGAAAGGCAUUUGAAGAAAUAUGAGGUAUUACAUCCAAAAGAACCUGUUUUAGGCAGCAUUCGAGGUGAAAAAAUCUACCCUCGUUCUUGUGUCAAGACGGUAAAUACAGCAGAUGCGUACCGUAAAAAGGGAAGAGAAAUCAAAGAAGGAGAACAGCCUGUCAAAAUGGUCAAAGCAAACGCAAUGACGAUCGAAAAACGACGAUUAAAAGAGCAAGCAAAACAAGAUGGUCAAGAAUUACUUGUUGCCUGUUAUGGAGAAUGGCAAACACAACCUUACUGUCCACCACCUGUUGUGAAUGGUAAAUUGGUAAAAAAUGCUUAUGGAAGCAUUGAUUUGUUUACACCAGAGAUGUUGCCUCAAGGAGCAGCGCAUAUACCGAUCAAAGGCAUUGCUAAAAUGGCCAAGAAACUUAACAUUGAUUAUGCUGAUGCAAUAGUUGAUUUUGACUUUGUAAAAAUGAGAGCUGUGCCUGUUGUGGAUGGUAUUGUUGUAGCAGAAGAGAACAAAUACAUUUUGUUAGAAGCAUGGGAAGAACAUGAACAAAGCGAAGCAGUCAAAGCCAUUGCUAAAAAAGAAGAAGAAGUCUAUAAAAAUUGGAGAAAGCUUAUCAAAGGAUUAUUGAUCAAGGCUCGUGUGGAUCAGACAUACGGCAAAUCUGAAGAAAGAGGAGAAGACAAAUGGGACAAGUUCAAUGGUGAACGAUCUAUUGAACCCAAUCAUGAUUUUGGUGGAGGGGGAUUUUUGCCUGAAGAUGAUUAA